UUGGUCGCUUUUGGUUGGCGACUAGUCUCGGUCCGAGUUAAACUGAAAGGCGGAGUUUGGUGACGAGAUUCCGCCGGGUUGCGUAGCAGCAGUGGGCGGGGCAAGGGAUCCGUCUCACACGGCGACGAGUGGUUGGAACAUUUCCUCUCCUUCCCCUUCCCCUUCCCCUCCCAGGAAAGGCUGGGACCCGGCACCCGAGCUAUCCCGUGGCCGCUGCGGCCUCAGCUCCAACCGGGCCGGGGUGCGGAGAGUCCAGACCGCUUCCAGGGCGAGUGCUCCUGAUUGUGACAUCACAUCCAUCCCCUUGACGAUGGAGCUUGUCACUAGGAAGGAAGACUCAGUCGGAGAAUAGCCAACAAGAUGGGUUACUGGGAGCGUCUCCUGAGUGGCACUGAGUGGAGGCAUCAGGGGGUUGGAGCCUUGUAAACAGGGAGCCUACCCCCCAACACUUGGAAGGACCUGGGUUUCAGUGAUGAGACAUGGGGUAUGAUGUAACCCGUUUCCAGGGGGAUGUUGACGAAGACCUUAUCUGUCCUAUUUGCAGUGGUGUCUUGGAGGAGCCUGUCCAGGCACCUCAUUGUGAGCAUGCUUUCUGCAAUGCCUGCAUCACCCAGUGGUUUUCUCAGCAGCAGACGUGUCCAGUGGACCGUAGCGUUGUGACGGUCGCCCACCUGCGCCCAGUACCUCGGAUCAUGCGGAACAUGUUGUCAAAGCUGCAGAUUGCCUGCGACAACGCUGUGUUUGGCUGUAGUGCUGUUGUCCGGCUUGACAACCUCAUGUCUCACCUCAGCGACUGUGAGCACAACCCCAAACGGCCUGUGACCUGUGAACAGGGCUGCGGCCUGGAGAUGCCCAAAGAUGAGCUGCCAAACCACAAUUGCAUUAAGCACCUGCGCUCGGUGGUACAGCAGCAACAGACACGCAUCGCAGAGCUGGAGAAGACCUCAGCUGAGCACAAACACCAGCUGGCGGAGCAGAAGCGAGAUAUCCAGCUGCUAAAGGCAUACAUGCGUGCAAUCCGCAGUGUCAACCCCAACCUUCAGAACCUGGAGGAGACAAUUGAAUACAAUGAGAUCCUAGAGUGGGUGAACUCCCUGCAGCCGGCAAGAGUGACCCGCUGGGGAGGGAUGAUCUCGACCCCAGAUGCCGUACUCCAGGCUGUUAUCAAGCGCUCCCUGGUGGAGAGUGGCUGUCCUGCCUCUAUUGUCAACGAGCUGAUUGAAAAUGCCCAUGAGCGUAGCUGGCCCCAGGGUCUGGCCACACUAGAGACAAGACAGAUGAACCGGCGCUACUAUGAGAACUACGUGGCCAAGCGCAUCCCUGGCAAGCAGGCUGUUGUCGUGAUGGCCUGUGAGAACCAGCAUAUGGGUGACGACAUGGUGCAGGAGCCAGGGCUUGUCAUGAUAUUUGCGCAUGGCGUGGAAGAGAUAUAGGAGAUCUCGACGGGCCAGCAGGAAGAGAUGGCAAUCAGAAAGCCCAUCGCUCCAGCAUCUGGUCCCUGAGUUCUCCCUACUAUCCAUAGUACCGUGACUUACACACGGGCCACACGUUUCCCUGCUCUUCAGGCACUGAAGGGCCCCGGGGCGCUUUGCUCAGCCUUUCAGGUGGGAAACCCAGAUUCCUUCCUUUUACGUAAUUUCUUCCCCUAAGAUGUCUGUAAAUUUUCAGUCAGUUUGGGAAAGUCCUCACCUCUAUAUCUGUUUUCCUGCCUAGGGUCCCUGGUUCUAGAUAUUUUUAGAAAGCACAAAGAAUUUUCUCUAGAGGAUCAGGGUGGAGUGAGGAAUAUCUAAUCGUUCCCCCUCCUCCAAAACCAGGGAGUCAGAGCAGGCAGGCCUGUUGACACGGAGCAGCACUUAGAGGGCAGCUCUGGGGAGCAGACAUCCUGAAGAAAUGGUAGAGGUGGAAUCAAAACCCUAGAAAUAAAUAAUGAGGCCAGUAACUGGCCCUUAGAGAAAGACUGGACCUCUGUGCCAAGCAAUACCCUGUCUAGCCCACCUUACAGGUGCAGGCUGCUGCUGGUUCUGCAGGUGUGCAGGUUAGGAUGCUGAAAACUUCCAGAUGAGCUCUUCUUUCCUACAUUUUCUCAUAAUUAGGGAACGACAGGGUUGGAGGAAGGGGAUUAGUCUAUUGAGGUGGAUGUGUUCAGCAAGCAGCAGCUGCCUGGCUUUUGCUGAAAUCAAGUAGGCACUGCCUCUGGCGUGGGCCAUAAUAGUUCCAUAGACCCCUCUCUAGCCCUGUGAUUGUAACUAGUUAUUUUGAUAAUUCCAUUUGGCCAUUGUUUGUUUGUAUUUCCUUCUCUCUCUCUCUCUCUUUUUUUUUUUUUUAAGAAUGGCCUGGUUAUGGCUACCCCACUUUUCCAGUCCAGCCACAUUGUUGGCAGUCUAAUUUAUUUACUUUUUUUUUUUUUUUUUAAGAAAGGAAAAAGAAAAAAAAAUUAACAAAGUUUAAAACUUUCUUUUGAUAUUCCUAUUGUGGGGAUUCUGGAUAGGGUGGGACGGGACAGGGAUGGGAUCUGUUUUAUAUUUUUCUUUUUCAGGACAACCUUUGGCUUUAAUAUAGGAAGGGCCCAAGGGAGUCCUUGGCUGAACUUAUGUCUGCCCCAACCCUCCAUGACCCCAUCUGAGAUGAGGCGCUUCCUUUGUUAUUUCUGUGAUGGAUGUGACAGUCCAACAUCGAUGCCUGUACCCUCUGGAGAACUUUGCUCCAGUCCUUCCAAGGGUCUCCUUGUAAAACUCUGUAUUUAGAGUAUUAAUUUUGAAGACAUUGCCACCCCCAACCCCCAGUUUCCUUGGAGAUACAUAGUUGGGUUCUAAGCUUCACCAGGCAAGAUGGGAGAGACAUGAUAUCUCUGUGUCUCUGAGUACAGGCUGUGCUUUGUUUUACCUAUGCCCUCUGAGAACUUCAGCUCCAUUUUAGGCUACCCAGGCAUUCCUUGACCCCUAGCUAGGGGGGCUGGUAGAGCUAGAGAAGGGGAGGGAUAGAGAGUGUGAUUAUUCUAAUAUACCUGUGGGAGUGGGGCUGAAGAGAUAUGGCCACAUAACAGUUUCUUCUCUCUUUGGAGUUUUAUUCCGGGCCACCUUGCUUGCUGUAGGUCUGGGGAGUUGGGUCAUGGCUCCACUGGGAAUGGGGUGGAGGGAUACAGCUUGAAGGGAGUAGGGAACAGUCCUAUGUUCCAGCUCCAGGACAUUGUGCUCAGGAAUUUGAAAACGCUGCUAUACUUAGUCCGGUUACUACAUUUCUUCCACUCCCCUCUGACCCUGCCUGCCUUACCGAGGCCCAUACUCUCCUGUCGUCACCCUCGGACAGAGCCAGGAAGCUCAGUUAAGGCUUCCCUCCCCUUUGCACUAGUGUCUCUUCGGGUUGCUGGUUGUGUUAUAUGUGCUGUUCCAUGGUGUUGACUGCACUAAUAAUAAACCUUUUACUCAACUCUCAAUUCUUAAUUCAACAUCACUCCCCUUCUUGUGAUGCUUUCUCCUCUGCUUUGCCCUUUCUCUCAUCUUGAUUCCCCUUAUUUCUUGCUUUAUAAUCUACCUUUGUCAUAGAACUAACCUCUGUUUUGGGAGGAUGCCUGUCUGGGAGUGUGCACUUCACUUAUUGCUCUGUGUGCGCUCCUCCCACAUUCCCUCCUGUCUCCUGUUCUAUAGAAGCCAACAUGUUCUCUCCAGAGAUCUGAACUGUGGUUUUCUUCCCAGGGUUUGCCUUUGACCAAAUUCCAUGUCUUCCCUAAGCGUUCCUGGGAUCUUAGGACAGUUUCUACAGAAGAUAUGCGUGCAUCCUUCUCCACUGUCCCACAGGCUUCUUUGCUUUGGAAUCUGGGAUUCCAUCGCAGUCAGGGAGGCCUCCACUGCCCAAUGUCUCCUAACCAGGGAAGUAAAUAUGAGGAAAGGAACCUGGAAUGACGGCACCUGCUGUGGUUGUAGAAUCUUGAUAAACCCUUUCACGGGGAUUUGCUGCCACCUUCUCCCUGCCAUGAGAAAAAGAAAAUCUUUGCCCCCAGUAGUAUAUUUGCAAUUUGUUGAGCAUUUAUGAUGCACCUCAUGUAAAUCUGCUAGUACUCUAGAUUCUCUGGUGUGGAUAAAAAGCAAAAGGGCAUGAGGACAUUCCUGUGCUCACUGAAUCUAUUACACUUUCAUGCGCGCAAGGUCUGAUUAUAAAACACUGGUGAACACAUCGUGUAUAUAUAUGGUGUCUAGUGAUACCAGGGAAUGAAUGCUCUUUUUUUUUCCUGAAGCUCGUUCAGAAUUACUCUCAGAACCUGUUCCUUAUUCUUGUCAAUGUCACAAAUGGUGCCAAAUCUUUCUUUUCGGGUGUUUUGGUUUUUGGAAACAAUAUUCAUUGAAUAUCUAUUCUGCAAGGAACUCAGGUGGGGAUGGGUGUCAUGUAGCACAAUGGUACCGACUUUCAAAGAACGCAUUCCAUAAUGAAGAGAAGUAUAUAGGACAUAAUAAAUGUGGUAAGUAGAUCUACAAGCAAUAUGUGAGCAGAGGGAAGAUAAAGGCACCGAUUCUACUGGGUACCAAGAAACGUUUAGGAGAAGUGGUAUUUGUUCUAGGUCAGAGGUUGACAAACUAAAGCUUGCAUCCUGCUGCCUGAUUUUGUAAAAAUGUUUUACUGGAACACAGCCAUGCCCAUUUGCUUAUGUAUUGUCUGUGGCUGCUUUUAGAUUCCAACAGCAGAGCUGAGUAGUUGCCACGAAACUAUGACCCACAAAGCCUAAAAUAUUUGCUACUUGGCCCUAUAGAAAGUUUGCCAGCCCAUUGUAGACUUUUAAGGUCAGGAGAAUGGGUGGGGAAAUACAGAGUUGGUUUUGAUUUUUCACUUCAGUAUGUUAAUUUGAAGAAUCGGAACAUUUUCUUACAUUGCCAACAUAACAUGCUUAAAAUUAACAGUCUGUAUUCACAUUUCCCCAACUGUCUCAAGAAAAGUACUUUUAGAGCUAAUAUUUGUCCAGCCCUGGGUCCAAUCCAGGAGCCUUGUAUUACACCAGGUUAGGUGUCUUUUUCUUAAUCUAGAUUCCUGCAAGUCUUUUUUUGUAACACUGAUUUGUUGAAGAGACUGGGCCAGUUGUCCUGGAGAGAGUGGCCUUUUGGAUUUGAUUGAUUGCUUCUUCGUGGUGCCCUUUAACUUUCUCUACCCUGUUUUUGCUAAACAGAAUUUUAUCUAGAGCCUGAGAGAUUCAAGUCAAACAGUUCUGAGGACAGAAAACAUCACAAGAGACAUGUUGUAUGUUGUGUAACAUCAGGAGAUAGGCCCAGUUGUCCCACCAUUAGCCUGACUCUUCAUGGUAUAGUUGUAUGGUUGGGAGGUGUUUUUAAAGGUUGGCAGCUUUAAAAGCUUCUCAGGUUCCCUGAGAAGGGGGCAGCUGGCCAGGCAGCUCAGGUGGGUUGCUGCUGUACAGCAACAGGGGCCCCAUAUUGCCAAAUCUUACUGCUUCUCAAGAACCAUUGGACAUCCUAGUGUUUAUUCUAAGUACCACAGACUUUAAAUGUUGGCUCUAUUAAGAAAAAAUAUAUU